AUGGCCGACAACGACGCCCUGAUGCUGCUACGGCAGUCCAUCGCAGCAGGCAAGCCCAUUGUGCCGAGCGCGUCGGAUGACCCGUCGGCAAGCAGCGAGGUGGACCUCGCGCAGGCGACGCACCUGAGCUUUCCGGAGAGCAAGGUGUCCCUUCCCGUGACGACAUCGACGCGCUUCAUGUCAAACGACCAGUCGAUCGACCUGCGUUCGAUAUACUUCGCAUGGCUGAACCGCGAGCGCGCCAUCCCCGAGUACAACGCAGCAGCGACGGCGCUCAACGAGUCGCUCGGUGCGGCGGGCGCAGCCGUGCAGAACCUGGGCUUCAUCGAGCGCCUCGACCUCAUAACCUGGCUCGAGGGCGCUAGUGAGGAGAGCGAGUACAUCAGGCCGGCGGCCGAGGAGGGGGGCGCCGCUGGUAAGGGGGGCGCCGCCGCGGCGGCGACGUCGGCGGCAGAGCCAAGCAAGUCGUCGGCUACGGCCGCGACGAAGACUACGGGCGCCCAGGCUAGAUCGGGAAAAGGCACGAUGGACCCCAGGCUGGCCAGCGUAUACAGCGGUGAGCGUAAGAUGGGAGACCGCAACACGGUUCUCAGGGGUGUCAGGCCAACAGACUUCUCACAUGUACGCAAGCUGGCACUACCCUUCUUCUCCAAGAAGGCACAGCAGACGCACGGCAGCGGCAGCGGUAACGGCACCGGCGCGAAAGCAGGGAUCCCGCAGAGCAUGUCGCUCAACCAGCGGGCCCCGUCUAAGAGACCCGACCCGAUCAUCCUGCUGUCGCCGUCGGCGUCAGCCCUGGUGCGCCUGUCCAACGCCCGUUCUCUGCUGCAGGAAGGCCGGUUCGUGCCGGCGGACACGGGGUCGUCCUCGACGGCGAGCAUGCUGCACGUCCAGCGAAACAUGCCCGGGAUAGACCCUUCGCGGCCGAUGCGCUUCAUCUUGGUCGAGGGCCCGGAACAGUUCAAGCCCGAGUAUUGGAACCGGGUGGUGGCGGUCUUCACCACGGGCCAGACGUGGCAGUUCAAGAACUACAAGUGGAGCAACCCAAACGAGCUGUUCAAGCACGUCCUGGGCAUCUACGUCGGGUGGAGGGGCGACCAGGCGCCCGACAACGUCCGGGCGUGGGGUCACAGGGUGCUCUCGACUGGCGUGGACCGUUGGAGGGGAGAGGGUCACGACGCUUCCCGCUUCAGAGACAAGGAAGUGGUCGAGCAGAUCUGGAAGGCUGUCGAGGCGAAUAUGGGGUACAAAGGGUGGAGGAAGGAUGCUGCGCCGGCGUCGAUAUGA